UCUGUAGGCAAACUACAAAUCACCGUCAGAAUGGUGUCAACAUCCGAUUGUGUAGUUAAGACAAAACCCCUUACUAGGAAGAAGGUAUCCAAACCACUGAUGGAGAAGAAAAGAAGAGCGCGCAUAAAUAAAUGUUUGGACCAGUUAAAAUCUCUUCUGGAGAAUUAUUACACCAAUAAUAUUCGAAAACGCAAGCUCGAGAAAGCGGACAUAUUGGAACUGACCGUAAAACAUCUGAGAAAUCUGCAGAAGAUGCAAAGUGGAUCUUCCGUGAACUUCGAGUUUGCUGAUUACCAAGCUGGCUACAGGAGCUGUCUAGCAGGCGUGAACCAGUAUUUGGCCGAGAACUCGAGUAAUAACGGUAGUCGUUCGAGAAUGCUGGCACACCUUUCAAGCAGCCUGCCCUGUGCGGGAGGACAGGCUCAGAACUUCAUCACCGCAAAAAGCAACACAGAAGUAAAACCUGUACAGCCCGAAAUGGCUGUGUGCGGCCGGAUGCAAAGACUUCUUCCUCAUACAGUUGGGCACGAAACGAGCAAGGCAGCUCCCACUGUGCCCUUUGCUGGUUGCCCCAGGGCACUCAAACCAAACACCUCUAGCGUGUCCGAUUCUAUACUGAUUAAAUUCUCCACAGAAACCAGUCUAGUCACCGCAUCAUCUGCAUGCACAAAUUCAAUUAAUUUAAGUAGCAGUCACGGACCAUGCUACAGAAAUAAGUGCCUCUCUCACGUACAGUGCGGUCAUAAAGUUACCAUACACAAUGUUUGGCGACCUUGGUAGCAUGUUGAAUAUUG